AUGCCAGCAGCUGUAGAAGAAGGUACUGCAAAUACCAAUGUAAAUGUUUCUACCAACGAGGAAACCAACGAAAAUGAAGAGGAAAACGCUGAAGUUCCCGAUAGAAACCAGCAAAAGUGGUUGGUGCUUAAAGCUCACAUAUUAAGGGACAGGGCCAGGAAGAAGCAGGAACGGGAGGCCGAAGCUGAAGAAGAAAGGCGCCGCAAAGAAAGAGAAGCAAGAGAGCAACAAGAUGUAAUGACUCUGGGAGAAACCCGCGAACAAAUAUCUCAACUAGAAGCCAAGCUUCAAAUGUUCAAAGAAGAAAAACACCAACUAUUUCUCCAACUCAAAAGAGUUUUAAACGAAGACGACCACAGAAGAAGGCAACUUCAACAAAGAGAUGCCAAUGAACAACAACAACAAAUGGUCCAGAUCCAAUCGUUGCAACAACAAGGUUUGAUGCCCCAUCAGCCUCAAACGGUUUACGUACAACAACCCUUACCUCCUGGUCGUAUUCAGACAAUACAGGCACCACCUCAGAUGCCCGCAGCUUAUAAAACUGCCAUUAAACGACCGAGAAGCCCUAGCCCUCCGCCCCAAGUACCAGUGUCUUUGUACCAUCAAGGCUACGCAGCUUAUAAGCCUCAAGGUGUGAGUGGUGGCUCUUAUCAAGCCUCACCGCAAAAAGAUGAUGGUAGACGCAACGAAUUAGUCCGAGCUGUAUUGUGGAACAAGGCCCCACAAUACUCCAAUCAACCUUCGGCUUUCUAUCCUGUGGCACCGCAAGACAUUUCGAUCUACUAUCCGGGUUUGGCUAGAGAAACCGUGCGUCCGGUUUAUGACCAGCAAAGACCUCAGGGAUUUCCAAUUGAGCACAAAUUGCCGGAGCAUUAUACCACUUUGAGGACUGCCACUAGUCAACAUGGCCACGUUAUCCAUCCAGGGCCUGGAUUGACGAUAAAUCCUGCACAAGCACAACCUAAAGGUGGCAGUAUUACAGCAGGUUAUCCAGUCAGGACUCAGCAGUACCAUCAGCAAGCAGCUCCGGCCUCUCUGUACACGACGCAGUCCAGGCAGAUAUAUCAGAAUUAUCCUCAGCGAGAAUAA